AUGGAAAUACAAGUAGUGCUGCCCGCUGUGCUGUGCCACCCGUCAGUGCCGAAAGUAGUGACGAUCGGUGGCGAAGGAGCGACGGUGCCUGAUGCCUCGCAGUUGAAGUUGUACCUGAGCAAAGCUACCAAUGUGCCUGCGUGGCGGAUUGAUCUGUGGACAGACUGCGGCCGCCUGCUGUCACCUAGACGCCUUGCAGAUAUCCAGUGCAGUACCACAACACGGCUGCAAGCAACCAUUCGGAAGAAGCAGAAGCGCACGGUCUCGGCAGACGCGAAGCUGUUGAACCAGAUUUCAAGCAAAGAUCUCCUGAAAUCAUAUGUGCAACAUUUGGCUGAAGAUCUAGGCGUAGCCGGUCGGCCAACCGGUCUCUUCGAGGAAGUCACCUUGGUUGUUACCGACUGGGAUGGCAACAUGCCGGCGGAAAUCAUGGACAUCCUGGUGCAGUUUUUGGAAACAAGGCAGGAUGACCCCAGACAAGUCGCACUGGUACAUUUGGACCUACACGGCAAGCUGCCCCGACUUUUAGGGGCUUUGAUAAAGAACCGCGAAUUCUUCGAAUCAAGUGCAAGCUCGGUGGAGACGCUGGAGCUAAGUCUUGAGGACGUUGAUCCACACCACGUCUUCAUCCCCCUAUUUCCGAAUCUCUCUUCCUUGCGCAUGUACCGGCCCGAGUUUCCAAGUAACAGCGCUCAUGUGGAGCACCUGGGCAUGCGGCUUCUGAGUCUGAACUCCGAAACUCUGCGCGAUGUGGCUGUAGUCGGCUUGGAUGCAGAUGAUGCCGUUUUCCAGAAUGUGAUCACCUGCUUGCCACGAGAGGCUUGCAGCAACACCACCCUGUGGCUCGUGGCUGGCUUAGAUGGAAUCCGGAGCGCUUUGGGCGUCUUGGGAGAUGAGCUGGAGAAAGCGCGCCGAUCGGGGAGGACUGGGGCCUUUGUCUCGAACUUGGCAGAGUUGAAGAUCCAUGUUCAGGCACCAAGCACUAGCUUUGAUAACAUCCGAUGUGCCACGAAGCUGGCUCUCAAUCGCGGACUUACCGAAGAGGAGCAAGCUGCGAGGCGGAAGGUGCGUACGACCAUUCGCUCGACUCUGGCAGCGGCUCCAAGAGAUGAUGGGAUCCUCAUGUGCUUGUUCGAUGUCACGCCUCUUUCCCUUGGCAUUGCAAGUUCGGAGGGCUUUCGCCUCCUGGAGCCGGGCGCGACACUUCCAGCGCGGGUGUUACAGGCCAACAUCUCACAGCCGGAGGAGAACUUGCUUGUCGAAGCCCGCACUUUGGGUGGAGACUUGGUCCUGGAAUUCACACUGGCUGCGGAGAGCACUGCGGGCAUGCUCGUCGAUUCUAUCAGCUCCCGAUUGGGAUGGACCAGCGCCACUUGCUUCCUCCACGAUCUGCAAGUUCAAGCCCAUAUGAGCCUGGCAAACUAUCAAGUCCUGACCAUCAAAGAGCACCGAGACAUCAAGAUGACUAGGCUGAUCGAGAGGAACAGCACAUCUCCAACAAAAACAACGAGGAGAUUCGCAGCACGUUCUAGCAAUGUUGCAAUUCAGCUUCUGGAAGGCGAGGCUUCCCUGGCCGCUCAAAACCACGUGCUGGGAGAGUUUCAGCUCGAGGGCUUGACUGCGGCAGAUAGCGCUGUAGAUAUCACCCUGGAUAUUGAUGCCAACGGCAUACUGCGUGUAAAAGCUGUUGGUCUUGGUUCUGGAAAGUCUGCCGACCUGGUGGUCACAGAAGAUGAUCGACCUCGGUGGAGUAACACAGAGGUCGAGCACAUGAUCACGCUAGACGAGUUAAGUUGGCGGCAGACAGCUUCUACGACGGCCAAGAGCAAGCUGUUCAAUCAGUGCACGCGCAUGCUCGCAGAUUUGGGUGGGACCGAACAUGUAGAACUGGCAAGCCGAACACUGCGGUGGCUGGAGGAAAACGACACCUGCGAAGAUGUGCAGCUGGUGGAGGGCCAGCUUCAAGCCCUUGAUGCUCUGAACAACAGAGUGUUGACCUUGGAAGACAUUGUAGAAGAGAUCAUUCAGGAGGAAAUCGUGGACGAGACCGACGUUUAUGUCGAUGUUGACCGGCAGUUGAAGAUCCAGGGUCGAAACGAACGGAAGUUCGACCUAGGCGUGUUCAACCCGAUUUGGCGGUCCAAAGCAGACAAGCUGAGUUUGGAGGAGGUCAAUGCCAUCUCCGCACAUCUGACGCGCACAGCUUUCACAGAAGGUAGCCGCUGCCCACUCAAGUACGAGACGGUGACAUGGCUCGUGGGUGAGGCAGAGGCGCUUCUCACGGGCAUUGCUGCAGUAACGGCUGCACCAAGUUUAGAUGGUAAGUGUUUGUCAAGCCCUUCAUGA